GGCAGGCUAACUUAGUAGCUAUAAAUGAGCAAAUAGCAGUUCAGAUAGGAAAUCAAGCAUUAAAUGAAGCACUUGGCCAACCAGGAACUACAAUAGUCAAGUUGAGAGCUGUAAAAGAUCCCUGA